AUGGGGAACUGCCUCGGCUCGGAGGAGGCCGAACUGGAGGCCGUGAAGAACUCGGGUCACCAUGGACAACCCCAAGCAGCUACGGCAGCUCCAACCAUGGCGCCACCCAAAUCCGAGGGUUCCAUGAGCUCAGGGCCGCCCAGCAGCAGCAGGUCCCCUGGCCCGUCCAUGAACAGCAGCGCCACGACGACGGGCCGAAGCGGCAGCUCCAGCACCAGCAGCGGCUCGAGGCCACUCGCUGCCGCCGCCGACACGUACCCGGAGGAGGAGGAAGAGGCGAAGGAGGGGAGGAUCCUGGAGACGCCCGACCUCCGCAUCUUCACCUUCGCGGAGCUGAGGGCCGCGACGCGCAACUUCAAGCCCGACACGGUGCUGGGCGAGGGCGGGUUCGGGCGGGUGUACAAGGGCUGGAUCGACGAGAAGACCAUGAACCCGACGCGCUCCGGCAUCGGCAUGGGCGUCGCGGUCAAGAAGCUCAACCCCGAGAGCGUGCAGGGCCUGCAGGAGUGGCAGUCCGAGGUGAACUUUAUGGGGAGGCUGUCGCAUCCGAACCUGGUGAGGCUGCUGGGAUACUGCGUGGAGGACAGGGAGCUGCUGCUCGUGUACGAGUACAUGCCCAAAGGCAGCCUGGAUAACCACCUGUUCAGAAAGGGCGGCUCCUUCGAACCAUUCUCGUGGAACCUUCGGCUGCGCAUCGCCAUUGGCGCGGCGCGUGGCCUCUCCUUCCUCCACUCGUCGGAAAAGCAGGUGAUCUACCGAGACUUCAAGGCCUCAAACAUCCUCCUCGACACGAAUUACGACGCCAAGCUAUCCGACUUUGGUCUCGCCAAGAAUGGCCCGACCGCCGGCGACAGCCACGUCACCACCCGGGUGAUGGGCACGUACGGCUACGCUGCACCGGAGUACGUCGCCACAGGGCACCUGUACGUGAAGAGCGACGUGUACGGGUUCGGCGUGGUGCUGCUGGAGAUGCUGACGGGCCUGCGGGCGCUGGACACGGGCCGCCCCGCGCAGCAGCACAACCUGGUGGAGUGGGCCAAGCCGUACCUGGCGGACCGGCGGAAGCUCGCGCGCCUGGUCGACCCCCGGCUCGAGGGCCAGUACCCAUCCAAGGCGGCGCUGCAGGCGGCCCAGCUCACGCUGCGCUGCCUCGAGGGGGACCCCAGGAGCCGGCCCUCCAUGGCGGAGGUCGUGCUGGCCCUCGAGGAGAUCGAGCAGCUCAAGGUGCGGCCCAAGGGCGCGCCGCGGGACCGGGACGAAGCGGCGCGGCGCGGCGCGGGCACGGCCACGGCCAGGGGCGGUCGUCGCGCCCGAGGUCAGGGUCCGGCCGGGCGGGGAGCAGCAGCCACCACCACCAGUCCCCGAGCAUGA